UGAGUGGUGUCAGUGUUUGUCGACCUCGGAGCAGAAUGGCUGCAGUCACAGAGCUCUCCUUCCUGCUGUUUGCUCUCAUCAACAACAUCCAUGCAGAAGAACGGAUCAUCAUCCGACGGGAAAGAGACUCUUACACCUUUAACCUCCCUGAGAACACCAACUCCUGCUUGAUUUCCAGAUCUGUUGGUGAGGAGAAGCUUGUCCUGUGGAACACCUCUGACCUCUGGUCCAACAGCUCCUCAGUACCUGAACACUUGAAACAACGAAUUGUCAACACGGUGAAAACUUCUUCUUACACCAUCCUCAACCUGACCCAUUCAGACUCCGGCCCGUACCAAGAGGAGUGUUGGACUGAGGGCAGCGUGACGCAUGAGAACAACAUCACUAUUACUGUUUGUACUACUUCAAUAUAUAGGACAUUUAUCAGAGUGAGUCUUGGAGAAACAGUGGACCUGCCAUGUGAGGGAGCAGCUGAUAAUCUGGAUAUCCAGUGGCUCAAACGGGACUAUAGAUAUGAGCAAGAAACAUGGAGCAGAGUUUUUGGGGACAAUACGACAUCAGUGAUGGACAAUGUUAGAGGAAGAUACCAAGUGGUGACAAACACAUCAGCUCUUCGUGUUUCCACCAUCACAACAACAGACCUUACAGACUACAACUGUCUGGUGAUGAACCAACAGCAGUGUUUUAGCAGUCACACUGUACAGUUGAGACUACCGUAUGAGACAAUCUACCGCUCAGUGGGAGAGACCGCUGUGUUGCCGUGCACUAUCACUGACUCCACUGAUGAACAGCCCCCACGUUGGUCUAAUCGGUUCUCCACUAAUCUAGGACAACAAAACCAGACUGUUCCUUCAGUAGACAGAAACUACUCGCUGGUGUUUUCAUCUCUAAUGUUGAAUCACACAGGUCGGUACUUCUGUGACGCCUCUAUGAGAGAGCAAGAGUAUGAUCUGGUGGUGUGCCCCAAAUUUGGCCCCCCUGCUGUACAGCGCUUCUCAGAGGGAGAAGAAGUCACUGUCAGAUGCACAGAUUGGAGAAAGGGUAGGGGGCAUGAAUGGUUUAUCAAGUCGAACCGAACAGAGGGAAGAAUCUUUAGCGUCACGUAUGAUCAGAGCAUGAGCAGAGUGAGCUGGUACUAUGGUAAUGGUAUCCUGGUUAUCUCUAGUAUCUCAGUGGGAGAUGCAGGGGAGUACUGGUGUGUAGUUACUGACCGAGAUUAUCGGUGCGUAUCAACCAGCAGAACUCUGUUAGUGUACAACAAGCCCUUUGGGAUUUAGGAACAUGUUUUGUAUUAUUUGCAAUACAAAAUAAACUUGAAUUGAAA